AUGAAGUUAUUUGGUGUUCCGGUGACCGACUGUGACGAAGUCCCCGUCACAGUACCACAAGAUGGUGACAACAAAAGAUUCGAGUGUCAAUAUUGUGACCGUGGAUUCCCUAAUUCUCAGGCAUUGGGUGGUCAUCAGAAUGCACACAAGAAAGAACGGCAGAGAGCGAAGAGGGCCCAGUUUGAAAGCGAUCAUCAUCAAUAUCCACGGUUCAGAAUGGCUGUCCCUGUACACAAUCACCAUGCAGCUCGAUCAGGACCGUUGAUUCAUUCAAGUGGGUCCCCAUCCCUAAGUAGUAACACCAAUGUUGCCUGCUGCUGCUCUUCGUCGUUCCGGUCAGCGUGUGAGUGUUGCGUAUAUCCACCGCAGGUGAUGGCAGAGUUUCCUCCCCGAUCACCACCUCAUUGGUUCCACGCUGGAGAGCCACGUCAGGUGGCAUUGGUGGGCUCGGAUGAUGACGUGGUUCCCUCAAAGUCUCUGAUGGAUGAUGAUAAGGUGGACGUUGAUCUUCAUCUUUGA